CCGGCUUGUUUUGCCCCGGAGUCUUUUCGGAAGGCUAGGCUGCGUCAACACGUCUCCACGUAAGACAAGGGUAUUCCGGCGUGUUGUAUAACAGCUUCCGGCGGGGCCUGGAUAUUGAUUUCCUGCGCCUGUCGCUGUAUUGGGCUUAAAGCUGAGUGAGCUCCGGAGGAGUAAGGGGGGAAUUUCAGCAUUAACUGCGGUCACCUCAUCAGCCCGCCAAGAUGGCGAUGCAAGCGGCUAAGAGAGCGAACAUUCGACUUCCACCUGAAGUAAAUCGGAUUUUGUAUAUAAGAAAUUUGCCUUACAAAAUCACAGCUGAAGAAAUGUAUGAUAUAUUUGGGAAAUACGGACCUAUUCGUCAAAUCAGAGUGGGGAACACACCAGAAACUAGAGGGACAGCUUAUGUGGUCUACGAAGACAUCUUCGAUGCCAAGAAUGCGUGUGAUCACCUGUCAGGAUUCAAUGUUUGUAACAGAUACCUCGUGGUUUUGUACUAUAAUGCCAACAGGGCAUUUCAGAAGAUGGACACAAAGAAGAAGGAGGAACAGUUGAAACUUCUCAAGGAGAAAUAUGGCAUCAACACAGAUCCACCAAAGUAAACGUUUUCUCCUCUCAUUUUGGACUGAAACCCCAUGAAUCACCACCACUACCCUUUUUUUGUUUUUUAAUUAGUACAUAUAGUGUAAUUUCUUAUUUGAGGUUCCAAAUGAUGUGCUGGAAACUUUGAUACAUGUUAUUGUUAGUAAACUUGGAGCUUUUUGUAAAACAUGUCAGUGUUUUCUCUUGAACUUUCUCCUGUUUGAUACCAGUGGUGGGGGGAGAAGAACAGUGGUAGAACCAUGUCAAGAAUUAUUUCGUGGUAGCGGGUCCUAGAGACUGAGCUUCAUGAGAGCAGGCACCUUUUUGUCUUCCAACGCCUUCAGUGUGCAGUCCAGUGCUUAGCCAUCAGGGAACUUGUUAGAGUGUUGUCACUUGUUGAAUUGUCUAUUAAUAAUGAACUCUUCAUAACUCAAUGAAGGUAGAUAUCUCCACUUUGCAGAUAAGGGAACCAAAGCUCAUCGUGUUGGUGAAAUAAAUAAAAUGCUUACAUUAAAAGUUGCUAUGACAUCAACCAGUUAUUAACCAUGCCAGUACAUUUGAGUAAUACUUGCUUUAAAAAAAAACACCUUUGUCAAUGCCGAUGAUACCCUUGUGUUUAGAACAGGGGUCUGUUCUAGAAAUGGCCGAACGACAGCAUGUGGUUAGAAAUUUGAGGGCAAGCAGCAGGUAGUGUUGUGGUUGUUUCAUGUCUAAGAUUGUAUUAAUGUAGUCUUUCCACUUAGUUAAUAAGUGUGUAUAUUUUGGAACUUGUUCAUAGUAUAUCUUUGCUAUAAGAAAUUACACGGUGCUUAUUAUAAUCAUGAGCUCCCAUGGCAUGGAAAUAAUACACUUAUUACCACAUUUAUCAUAGCUUGGCAGCUUGGAGGGGAUAGCUGUAAUUUUCCUUUCAUAGUUAGGCCUGGGCCAGAUAGAAAAACAGAGACUAAUUUUAUUUAUAUAUACAUAUGUAAAACUGUAACCCAAAACCAACUUGAAGGAUACAAGGACUGAAUCAUUUAAAUGGACAAAGAACAUCUAUUCUACUUUCAAAUGCACUUAGUUUUGAAAUCUAUCAUUACUUUAAGAAAAUAGGCUAUUUUAUACUUUUGUGCUAUCUUCUCAAAGCCUACUUUUGAAAAUGAAGUAAUUGUCUUAUUUGUUAUGUCUGAGUGCCUUUGGAAAGCGCUGUAGGAGAGCCAUUUCUAAGAAGGGCAGGCAGAUGACAAAGGAGCCAGCAGCUGUAAUUUUCCUACGAAUGCUUUUAUGAAUUCCAUAUUAAUUUCUGUAAUGCAUGAUGUGCCUUUAGGUAUUUACAAAAGUAAAAAGAAAUUUCUAAAAGACUCUUUUGUUAGGGGAAAACUAAUUAGACUUACUUAUAAUGUGAUGUGUCUAAAGAGUUUUAUAAAUUCCCUCUUAAUUGUUUGGCAACUUUGUUGCCUGUCCCAGUUAAAUAAAAGAACUCUAAUUUAGUGGACAAAUAUUGAGAACCUCCUCAGCGCCAGGGCUGUGUGGGCUGAGAUGCUGAGGCUACAGUGGCGCUCAGUCCUCUGCACCGGGCAUCUAAGGCUCAGCUUUCCAAACUGCUUUUAAGGGUGCAAGGGAAGGUUGAGCCCACGCACAUGUGUGCCAGAGCUGCUUUACAUUCUUCUAGGUUAAGUUUUGAGUUCCUAAGAAAGAUUUUGUAUGACUGGAUAAUGUACUGACCAGCAGUUUGAGAAUGGCUGAUCUGACAGCUCCUCGCUCUCCGGCUUAGCCACCUACAGUGGCUCUCGCAGGUCUGUCCGCGUGCUGCACCAUAACUCUCUGCGUCACCUUUUAAGAGCGCCAGUAAAGCAGGGCCGGCAAAGCCUAGCGUGCUCUCCCCAGGUGCCGGCCAGUGGGCGUUUGCAUUUUUUUGUUUGUUUGUGUUGGUUCUUAGCGAAUGUCUCCUUUCACCACGUAAACAAUACAUACUCUAGACAGAGAUCUCUUGUGCGACUCCGUAAUGGUCACCUGUAGUGGCCCUCGGUGCCAUUUUUAGUUAUCCUAUUGGUGUCACAGCAGAAAACAUGGGAAAACCAGCCGGGUUCUAAGAAAUUAUCAGAUAUUUGUGUCACUGAAGAAAGCUGGGAGCUGAGACAGUCGGAGAGAAACAGCCCGGAAAUGAAGGGAUGCAGCGCCCUGCAGCUGGCCCGGUGCCGCAGGAGUGAGCCCACGGCCUGCGAGAGUGAAGGCCGGGCAGCCCGAGCCCCUUUCUCACUUCGUUCUCUGCAUCUUGAAGCACUGCUGCUUUUAACUCCUCAGUGCUCAGCAGAGGGCGACAGCCAGGACUUCUGGAGGCAAAGGAGCAGAUGGAAUAGCCAAGACGAUUGAUGUGGCCCCCAUCUCAUACAUGUGACGUCGGGAGCCUGGGAAGGAAACCAGCAGUAUCUGUUCCCAGCCCCUCAAUCCCAACACCUUCAAGUCAUCACCGACUGAAUAACCCUCCCUGUGUGUGCAGGCUGUGCCGACCGAAAGAACUCUCUUAGCCACAUUGCCCCAGGCUCCUUUGAUGAACACACCACUAAGUGGGCUGGUUUUAAAACCUAACUGGGGAUUUCUGUGAGUUACAGUAAAUGUUGAUUAAAUUAAGCAUUAUAAGUGGAAACAAUGCAGAAUCAUACAUUAUUCUCUGAAUUAAUUCCCCAGUGUAAGUUAGAGCAAAUCUAGAUGCAACUAAGCAGUUAAUGUAAAAACAG